AUGCCAAAAGCGAAAGAAACUGGACUUGGAUAUCAAUAUGUAGAUUUGACGGUAACCUACGACGGCAGAUCUUUGGUCAUCAAUGGCCAACAUACACUUCUUUUCUCUGGUUCUAUUCAUUAUCCCAGAAGCACUCCUCAGAUGUGGCAGUCUCUGAUAAGUAAAGCCAAAGAAGGAGGUUUAGAUGUAAUACAGACAUAUGUGUUCUGGAACAUCCAUGAACCCAAACAAGGACAGUAUGAUUUUAGUGGAAGAAAAGACCUUGUAAGAUUUAUUAAGGAAAUCCAAGCACAAGGCCUAUAUGCAAGCCUUAGGAUUGGACCUUUUAUUGAGAGUGAAUGGUCUUAUGGGGGUCUGCCCUUUUGGUUACAUGACAUUCCAGGCAUUGUGUAUAGAACUGAGAAUGAACCCUUCAAGGAACAAAUGCAAAGGUUCACAAAUAAAAUUGUAGACAUGAUGAAAGUAGAGAGGCUUUAUGCUUCUCAAGGUGGACCAAUUAUAAUGUCACAGAUUGAGAAUGAGUACAAAACAGUAGAAGGAGCUUUUCAUGAGAAGGGAGUGUCUUAUGUUGAAUGGGCUGCAUCAAUGGCAGUGGGCCUUCAAACUGGUGUCCCAUGGAUCAUGUGUAAACAGGAUGAUGCUCCUGACCCAAUUAUUAAUACAUGCAAUGGAAUGAGGUGUGGAGAAACCUUUGUAGGACCCAACUCUCCUAAUAAACCAUCUCUUUGGACAGAAAACUGGACAAGUUUCUAUCAAGCAUUUGGUGAAGAAGAAUACAUUAGACCAGCAGAAGAUAUUGCCUUCCAUGUUGCACUCUUCAUUGCCAAAAAGGGAAGCUUUGUAAAUUACUAUAUGUAUCAUGGGGGAACAAAUUUUGGAAGAACUGCCUCUGCAUUUGUUACAACCAAAUAUUAUGACCAGGCUCCUCUUGAUGAGUAUGGUUUGAUUAGUGAACCAAAAUGGGGUCAUCUUAAGGAACUACAUGCUGCAGUAAAGCUUUGCUCAAAGACUUUACUUUCUAAAGACCAAACUACUUUUCCUUUAGAUGAGCUACACCAAGCUUAUGUGUAUGGAGACUACAACUCAGAAGAAUGUGUUGCUUUCCUAGUGAACAGACAUAGCAAAGAUGCCACUGUCCUCUUUCAUAAUGUCUCUUAUUUUCUGCCUCGUGUGUCCAUUAGUAUCCUACCAGAUUGCAAGUACAUUGCUUUCAAUACUGCCAAGAUUAGUGCACAAUAUGGUGUGAGAACAAUGGUACCAAGUGAAAAAUUCGAUUCGAAAGCGAGAUGGGCAGUGUUCAAAGAGGCUAUUCCAAACUUUGACACAACUUCAGUGAGAGCAAACAUGUUACUAGAACAUAUGAACACAACAAAAGAUGAAUCUGAUUAUCUUUGGUACACUAUCAGAUUUCAGCAGGAUUCGCCGAAUCCUCGUGCUUCACUCAGCGCAUUUUCUGCUGGUCAUGUUCUGCGCGCAUUUGUAAAUGGAAAUUUUGUAGGAGCUGCACAUGGUUCUCACCAAAAUCCAAGUUUUUCAUUUGAGAGUACCAUUGCUUUAAGUAAAGGGGUGAACUAUAUCUCAUUACUUAGUCAAACGGUUGGGUUAGUGGAUUCAGGAGCUUAUAUGGAGAAUAAGGCUGCUGGAAUCCGUAGUGUAAAUAUUGAUGAUAAAGAUCUUAGAAGUUACUCCUGGGGUUACCAGGUUGGGUUGGUAGGUGAGAAACUAAAAAUUUAUUCAAAAGUUGGAGCAAGAAAAGUUCAAUGGAACAAGCUUGGAAGCUUGACUAAUCAAACACAACCACUCACAUGGUACAAGAUUGAAUUUGAUGCACCAGCUGGAAAUGAUCCUCUUGCAUUGAAUCUUGGUUCAAUGGGAAAAGGUCAAGCUUGGGUCAAUGGUAAAGGCAUUGGUCGGUAUUGGGUCUCUUUCCACACACCUAAAGGAAGUUCAUCUCAAACAUGGUACAAUGUUCCUAGGUCCUUCCUCAAGCCUAGUAGGAACUCGUUGAUACUUUUAGAAGAAGAGAAUGGGAACCCACUUGGGAUAUCUGUGGACAGAGUUUUAAGAACAAGAGCAUGUGGACUAGUAUCUGAAUCACAUUUACCCCCAGUGAGUUCAUGGCUAGAAGAGAAGCAAAGAGAAGGAAAGAACAAUAAAUAUCGCACUCGCAAAGGGGUGUCGCCGUCCAUUCAACUCCGUUGUCCUCAGAGAAAGAACAUUUCCCAGAUCUUAUUUGCAAGCUAUGGAAACCCUUCUGGUAAUUGUCAAAGCUAUGCCCAAGGAAGCUGCCAUGCAUUUAAUUCCAAAACAAUUGUAGAACAGGCUUGUUUGGGAAAGGAGAGCUGUUCCAUCUCAGCAACAAGUGAAAAUUUUGGGGAUCCAUGUCCAGGACUACCCAAAACUCUGGUGGUUGAUGCACAAUGCAAAUGAAGUAGCAUAGGAUAAAAGUGUAAACAGAUACUCUUAAAGGGAUUGCCUAUUCAAUUUUUUUUUCUUACCAAAUGAUAAU